AUGUUCAUUUUGACAUUCUUCUUGCUGCUGCUGAACCUUCCCAGUCUCAUGGCCAGUUUCAUUCAUCCCAGGUAUUUUUGGAAAAUGAAGCAGAGUGAAGGCAAAGAUGGAGACUUGAAGAAAGGUUGUAUCUUCUUCCCCACCAUAUUGGAGUGGCCAGUGGAUAAAGAGUAUUUCAAAAAAAUUUUGAAUAUACAAACACCAACUGAGAACUACAAGUUUGCACUGUCCUUGGCUUUUACCAUGGAUGAGGUCAACAGGAACCCUGAUCUGUUACCAAAUAAAUCCUUAGUAUUUGAAUGGAAUGAAGACAAUUGUAAGAGUGUGUAUGAAUGGUACAGUGCCAUUCAACUUUGGCGAUAUUACCCUAAUUUUGUCCCUAAUUAUAUCUGUGAGGAAGAUACCAUGUGUAUUCUGGUACUUACAGGACCAAACUGGGAAACGUCUGUGACAAUUGGGUCAUACCUGGAACUCUGGAAAUUCCAACAGGUCAUACAGCUUACCUAUGGACACUUCCAUCCAAUCCUAAGUGAUCAUGAAAAAUUUCCCUAUCUGUAUCAAAUGGCCCCCAAGCACACCUCUCUAUCCUUGGCCAUGGCCUCUGUCAUAGUUCACUUCAGCUGGAACUGGGUAGGGCUGGUCAUCUCAGAUGAUGAUCAGGGUACCCAAUUUCUCUCAUAUUUGAGAAGAGAGUUGGAAAAGAAUACAGUCUGCUUUGCCUUUGUAAAUAUGAUCCCAAUUAACAUGCAGUUAUACAUAUCAAAAGCUGAAUUGUAUUAUAACCAAAUCAAGGAAUCAUCCACAAAUGUUGUUAUCAUUUAUGGAGACUCAUACAGUACUCUUGCUGUGAGCUUUCAAUUUUUGGCAUCCCGAGGUUUACAGAGAAUAUGGGUCAUCACCUCACAGUGGGAUACGACUACAAGUAAAAGAGACUUCAUGCUUGACUCAUCACAUUUGACUCUAGCUUUUGCACACCAUCAUGGUGAGAUUUCUGGGUUUAAAAAUUUUGUCCAGACAAUGAAUCCUAUCAAAUACACAGAAGAAUACCUUGCAAGGCUAGAGUGGAUGAACUUUAACUGUGACGCUUCCAUAUCUAACUGUAAAACACUGAUGAAUGACUCAUUGAAUAACUCCAUGGAACGGCUAGUGGUACGGACUUUUGACAUGUCCUUUAGUGAUGGCAUUUAUGACAUCUAUAAUGCUGUGUAUGCUCUGGCCCAUACAAUACAUGCAAUGUUUCUUCAGCAAGUAGAAAAUCCGACCAUGGUCAAUGGGAAAGGACAUGAUUCUUGGUGUUUGAAGGUGAAUGCAUUUCUGAAGAAGACGCAAUUCACAAAUCCUGUUGGGGACAGAGUGAAUUUAAACCCAAAAGAAGAACUUCAGGAAGAGUAUGACAUUUUUCAGAUUUGGAAUUUCCCACAUGGUCUUAGAUUUAAGGUUAAGAUAGGACAAUAUAGCCCUUAUUUUACACAUGGUCAACAGCUCCAUGUAUAUGAAGAUAUGAUAGAAUUGUCCACAGGAAAUAGACAGAUGCCACCACCCUCUGUGUGCAGUGCUGAUUGUGGUCCUGGCUUUAGAAAAUUCUGGCAGGAGGGAAUGGCAGUCUGCUGUUUUAAAUGCAGUCCCUGCCCCGAAAAUGAAAUCUCUAAUGAAACAAAUAUGGAUCAGUGUGUGAAGUGCCCAGAUGACCAGUACGCCAAUAUAGAGCAGAACCAAUGUAUGCAAAAGGCAGUGAUAUUUCUGUCCUAUGAAGACACUUUGGGGAUCACUCUUGCCUUAGUUGCCUUGUGCUUCUCUGCAUUCACAGCUCUGGUUCUUGGAGUCUUUGUCAAGUACCAUGACACUCCAAUUAUGAAGGCCAACAAUCGGAAGCUCAGUUACAUCUUGCUUAUCUCACUCUUCUUUUGUUUCCUCUGCUCCUUCCUCUUCAUUGGCCAACCCAACUCAGCCACAUGCAUGUUGCAGCAAAUCACAUUUGGAGUUGUAUUCACUGUGGCUGUUUCCACUGUGCUGGCCAAAACAGUUACUGUGCUUCUGGCUUUCAAAAUCACAGCUCCUGGAACAAGAAUGAGAAAUUUCCUGGUUUCAGGGGCACCUAACUACAUCAUUGCCAUCUCUACUCUCAUCCAAGUUACUAUCUGUUCAGUCUGGUUGGUAACUUCUCCUCCCUCUGUUAAUAUUGAUGUACACUCUGAGCAUGGCCAUAUCAUCAUUGUGUGCAUCAAGGGAUCAGUCACUGCCUUCUACUGUGUCCUGGGAUACCUGGCCUGCCUGGCUCAGAUGAGCUUCACUGUGGCUUUUUUGUCCAGGAAUCUGCCUAACACAUUCAAUGAAGCCAAGUUCUUGACAUUCAGCAUGCUGUUGUUUUGCUCUGUCUGGAUCACUUUCCUCCCUGUGUACCAUAGUUCCAAGGGUAAGGUCAUGGUAGCUGUGGAAAUAUUCUCCAUCUUGGCUUCUAGUGCUGGGAUACUGGGAUGCAUCUUUGUUCCCAAGUGCUUCAUAAUUUUGUUUAGACCACAAGAAAAAUCUCUUCAAAAUAUCAAGGAAAAUUUACCUUCCAGAACUGAUAUUUCAUUAAUUGUAACUCACAAUUAUAUAUUUACCUCCUAUAAACCAAAUACUCAAUUAUAA